AACGGGUAUUGUCCCCCCACACAGCAGGAUACUUCAGACAAAUCCUUCAUAGUUGCAGGUGGUCAAGCGUAAGCAAAGAGUUAAGUCUCGAGGUCUCUGGGCCCCUCCUCUUUGAUGUUCUGACAUCAUUGGCCCCGCCCCCCUCAGAGAUCUCUCCCCUUCCCCCAAACACUGUCACUCAGUUCAGUUUCGGAGAGUGCUGCGGGAACAGUGUUGGGACCGACCAAGGGUUUGCUACGCCACCCUGGAAUAGGACAAAAACAAGACCAAAAAAAAAAACAUGCUUUCUUGAGGCCCUUUCUCUCCCGUGUGGAUUGCGUUGUAGGUAAGAGAGCCGUGAAUAGCGACCGAAUUAGACAUGGCUGUGCAGGCUGCCUUCAUGAGCUCCCAGUUCAUGAACCUCUGUUUCCCCGGCUCCGUCAUGGACUACGGAGCGGAGAAAAGUUUCGAGGGGCGCCUCCUGGGGGAGGAGGAGCGGGAGGGGGACUUCCGGGAGACCACCCGGGACCUCCUGAGCUUCAUCGACUCAGCGUCCAGCAACAUCAAGCUGGCCUUGGACAAGCCCGUCAAGUCCAAGCGGAAGGUCAACCACCGAAAGUACCUGCAGAAGCAGAUCAAGCGGUGCACAGGGAUCAUCGCGCCCGGCAACGGCGCCCAGGACACCGCCAAAAGGCAGGGGUCCCCAAACUCGCAGCAGCCCGCCUUCCCGGGGAAGACCGCUCCCAAGCGGGACGGGGUCCAGGCCAACCUGCAGAGCAAGAGCCUGGCGGCCCUCUUCGACCCGGCCAAGGACGGCCGGGCUGAGAAGGCCAAGAAGCUGCCGCUGCGCCAUCGCAACCUGCCGCCGUCCUUCUUCACCGAACCCGCCAACUGCGCCAAAGUCACCUCCACUUCCGGCAUGACCCUCAAGGACCUGGAGCGGGGCAACCCAGAGGCGGCGGAGUUCUUCGAGCUCCUGGGGCCCGACUACAGCAACAUGAUCGGCGACCAGGACGUUUUCGCGCACGGGGUGCCCCUGAGGGUCCAGCAGGAGCCGGCGGGCGGCGGGGCGGACCCCGGGGGCACCUACGACCCCCACCAUCUGGUCGGGGGGUUCCUGUACACUGAGCCCUGGGGCCCCUGCGCCGGUCCGGCCAAAAAAUCGGGGGUCUGCGGCCCGGGCGAGAACGCGCGGACUGUUCCGCCUGGGUCGACCGCUCUGUACUGCCACUCGGACUCCUCCGCCCCCUCGCCGCUCGAGGAGAGCGCCCUGGCCUUCCCAAACUUUUUCACGGAUUGCUCGCUUCCGCAGGUCGCGUACGAUUUCGCGGCCGGAUACAACAGGGCCGCUUUCCCGUCCCUCUGAGAGAUUCCAGUUUCCAUGUGGACUACAGCACUGUGUACUCUCAACACCGAGUACUGUAGUUGUUGUUUGUUUGAGUUUGUUUGUAUUUGGUUCAUAAUUCUGCGAGAGAUUUUGCCUGCCAUGUUUCACAUUGCACAUACGUUGUUCUCUGAUAAUUAUCGUAAAUUGAUUUUUGUUAGAAUCUUUUAUUUCACUUUAGCAAUAUCAAAUAUUAGUAUAAUGUGCUUAACACUUGAAGUUUGAAGCAAAAAAAAUUAUCUGAAAAGAGUCACAAAACAUAUCAGGUUUCUUUGAUGUCUGCGAUCAUGAGUGAGGGAUUUUGGGUAGAAAAUGUCUGAAAGGCGUUUUCAAAGAUAUUUCUGCAACUUGAUUUUAGUGAUUGAUUUGACUUUAGUGUUGGGAAGGCAAAAUGAUUUAAAGUCAGGGGGGUAUUUUUUUUUUCCUCAGGGGUUUUCAAUGGUGAUGGUGACAACAAAGUACAUUUCCUAUUUCCCUGCGACUGUGCCUUCUGUACACAGGGCUAACACAUCAUCUGGGUGUCAACACACUGGACUGGUGGUUAACCCUUUAAGGUGUAAGAUCACAAAUAUGUGAUUAGAAUGUUCUUAACUGAACAUUCUAGUGCUGGUGUAACAAUCACUACUGGUAUUUGAAAGCAAUUGAGUUCUGAAACACUGUCUGAAGAAAAAUUCCAAAAAGCUGUUCAAAGGGUUACAUUUUUGAUCUAUUUAUUUUUGGAUUAUCUUUGUACACCCACAUGCAAAUACCAUGGCUGUAGCAAAACAUUUCUUUGCGUUAUUAUUGUAGAAAUAAUUCUGGUCAAUUUGACCUGGAAGGAUUCUCAAAGGAUAUUCAGAGAUUUCAUUGUUUUAGUUUGAGUCAGCAUUAAACUUGUUAUAUUAUUAUUAAAUGCACAAGUCUUGCUGAGAAAAUAAGUGCGUAUUGCUUGACUUUGUUUUUAACAUAUUUGCAACAUUUACAAUUAUUAAUGCGAAUGACAUUACUGGAGAUUACAAAAAUACAACUUUGAAAAAUGGAAGAACGUAAAUAUGCUAAUGGGAAAUAUUUUUCAAAUGGACAAUAUGCAUAUUUAGAAAACAGAUAUUAUUUAUCUAGAUGAAAUAUUUCAUUUAAAUUGUAAAAAGCAGAGUUGACAGUAUCGACCAUGAUUAACUUUAAAACUUCUCUAUGUGAAAUACAUCAUCAAUAUUAUUUGUUUUAUGUGUGGUGAUAGAACUUAAAAUUUGUGGCUCAAGAUCCACAUAGGCCAAUUAAUGAAUUGAAAGCUAUGUCAAAUUCUGGCUGCUCAUUUGUUUAGAAACAACACUUGACAGGGAUUGAUUUAUUUUCUUAGAAAUGGCAAUCUAACAUUUUAGAAAAUUGAUACAAAAUGUGGUAAUGAUUUAAUUUUAUUAUUGUUAUUUUUUACUUCAGAUAAUCCUUUGAGUAUGUCCAUGUAUGGUGUGUCGCACAAAUUCCAAAUUCCAAUAUUCAUCAGAAUAACAAAGACAGAUUUCAACUUUUUUACUUAAAAAAGUAAAUAAGUCAAAUUGCAUUAUCACUUUUCCCCCUCAAUAAAAUAAAAUAAAAUAAAAUAAAAUAAAUUUAGAUAAAAAUGUUUACAAUACAUUUGUGUUUAUUAAAUGUCUAGCCAUGGUAAUAAUUCAUGAUAUAUUAUUCCAAGAGCAACUCCUAAGCCCUGUGCAUAUCAAGCAUCAGCAUGUUAAAUAAAAAAUCAGUAUUUCUUUGCUCAUAGUGUUUUAUACCUGCAUGAUGAUCACACUCUUUCAGUACAGAAAGUAUAUGAAUGGACUGAAUAUCCAAUCCCACCAAUUCAGUGAUAAUGGAAACCAGGUUAAUAUUUCUCCCGAAAUUUGUUUAUGGAAAAUUUACCAUCGAGUUACUUUCAUUUUCAGAGUAACAAAGUAAUGCCAGUUAGGGUCAGGAAAACCAUUUUAGGUUUCUGUUCAGCACUUACAAUACCCUCUAACAUUUAAAACAAGGUGAAUUAACAGUCAAAAUUUAAAUAGUCUAUAUCUACAGUAGUAAAUUUUAGUUUGGCGGCAAACAAAUCUGACAGCUUACACUGUACAUAAUAUGUAUGUUUUUAACUCAUGAAUUGGUCUAAGCAAUACAAGAAAAUGUAUGUAUGCCCUUACUUAAAAAUAUGUCUAUGUAUAGUGCGCUGUAGUCCAAUUUGUGGAUGGUGUCGCAGUAAAAUGAAUUUUAGGAAAACAUGCUCGAUGGUUCAAAUACAACAUAUACAGUACAAUUUUAAAAACGUGUAAAAUUCUGUAUAAUGACUG